GACGCCACGAAGCUCCAGCCGCCGAAGGAGGACGUGGCCGUAUCGAUGGACACUGCCGAGGAUUUACCAGACCGAACGCAGGAAGCGAUGCCAAAGCAGCCGCCAAAGCAGCCGCAAGUAAAAGCAUGGAUGCCUCUUCUCUGACACAACCUCGCAGUAAACUGUCAGGUCUUUGGCAUAGUAUUACCGGGUACUACGAGAAUACGUAGCUCACAUGAAAUCGCUGACUGCUCUCACCGCUGCCACGGUGAUUGCCGUGCUGGCAUCCCCCAUCUUCCCCCAGUCGAGUACUAGCAGCCCCGACGGAGCUAUAUCUACCAGCGAUGCCAUCACCAACAGCGUCCUCACGGCGAGCAUCGCAGCUGCUUGUCCAACCGUGACGGAGACGCGCGAGCUCUGCACCACGUGGCUUGUACCGCUCUGUUUGUUCCUUUCAACCGUCACCCAGUCCUGUGGGUGCCCGACGCCAAUCCCGACAGUGCAACUGGACUUCCCCUGCUCCCUGAGCUGCAGUGGUCUCACUGGGAGAAUCUGGUGCUCGACUAGCUAUGAUACAGUGACGUCGUCUGACUGUCCUGGAUCGACGAAUGCUGCUGCGAGGAUGAGAGUGCCGUUUUCACUUUGGUAGAGCGUUUCAUACGAAUCGCAGACUUAAUGGGAAAGGGAUAGUUUUAGCGUCUUGGGAU